UAAAAAUGAACGUUAUUAUCUGACUUGCAAAUCUUUUGAAAUUGCAAUUCGAAAUUCUAUAUAGACAUGACAUAGCAAUUUUGAUAACAAUGACUUUUAAGUUCUUAAAGUAGAUAUCGAAUUUGCAGUAUCUAUCCAAUAGUAGUUGUAUCACCAUGAAUCGAAUAGUGAUAUUUGGAGCUACAGGAAACACCGGAUUAUGUGCUUUAAAUAGCGCUAUAAAUAAGGGAUUAAAUGUUAGAAUAUUUGUGAGAGAUGAAAGUAAGGUUCCAACGAAUUUAAAAGAAAAAGUCGAAAUUAUUGUUGGAGAUAUCACCAAUGGAAAACAAGUUUCAAAUGCGGUAUCUAAUAGGGAUGCAGUGGUUGUUGUGCUUGGUACAAGGAAUGACUUGAGUCCAACUACAAUAUUGUCCAAUGGUAUGAAAAAUAUAAUAGAUGCUAUGAAAGUGCACAAUGUAGAAUUAGUAUCUGUUUGUUUAUCAGCAUUUCUGUUUUAUAAACCUGAAAACGUGCCCACUAUAUUUAAAGAUUUAAAUGCAGAUCACCAGCGUAUGUUUGAUCUUCUCAAAGAAAGUCAAUUAAAAUGGAUUGCGGUAUUACCACCUCAUAUUGCAGAUGUACAAAAUUCAAAAUAUGUGAUCAAACAUGAUGAAUCUCCUGGUCGGGCAAUUUCCAAAUAUGAUUUAGGUGCUUUUCUUAUUGAAAGCCUUCAACAAGCAGAACAUUAUCAAAAAGUUUGUGGUAUUGCUAAUAUUUCAUAAUAUAACAAAAACUUA